AUGGAGGCCGCAUCGCCAUCCCCCCUCCAUCGGUACGGUCACUCUCCCUGCAACGAUGAAGAAUUCCCUCCUGCUGUGCGCGCCACGCAUGUGUGCGUCCAAGCUGCACCCCUCGAUUGUAACCGCCUUCUGCGCAUACACAUCGAUGAUGACAGCGACGGCGAGAAGUGUGAGGCGGGGGAUGCCAAGCGGCCUCCUUCUGCGCCAGCAUCCGAUAAGCGCGGCUCAUUCAUGGAGUCUUUCGUCCCACGCAGCCCUUCCGCCUCCACAGAAUCUCCUGCGCGGCACGAUGAGAAGGAAGACAUAAGGGACUUUCCUGAGGAAGCAGCGGAUACAGACAGCGCCGCAGCAAAGGCCACGCAACCCAAACGGCUGCGCCUGAAGAUGCAAAAGGGGGAAGAUGCCUCCGAUUCUGGAGAAUUCCUCCCUCGUAGCCCCACACCGCCGUCGGAAACACGUGAAACAGCCACAAAAAGCGAGCGAGAGCCAAGCACGCCCAAACCCGAGAGGCCCCUCUGGCGUAGAGACCGACCUUCAGAUUCAUCAGAGGCCAGCGAGGACGAUAGGAGCUCUCAGUCAAGCGCUUCCCUCUCUUCGAGUAGUAGCGGCUCGGAGAGCAGCGACUUGGAAGACGAGGAGGGGCCCCUGUCGCCGCUCGGACGUCCUGGGGGUGCCUCUGCCCAAAGGCGGUGGAUAACUUCCCCCUCCACUGAGGGCGAAUUUCAAGAAGCUCUGGAUUGGUGCCUCUCCUAUAUUGAGAAAGACGGGCACACAUUUGCAACAACCGCCACCAAGGAGCAGCGGCGCUUGGAAAUCGCCUUGUGGGAUGACGAGCUGACCCGGGGAGGCACCCGCUCCUUUGCGGACGCCUUCUUCUGCGACCCACAACGCGCCCUAAGUGCACAGCACCUCCCCGCGACAACCCCUGAGGAGAAGGCGAUUGUGUUUCUGGAUUUCCCGAAUGAGGUAUACCAGACGGAGUUUCUGCACCUGUGA